AUUUUUUAGGGUUUUUGGUGUUCGUUCUUUGAUUUCUGUGGUUUUUUAGGGAUUUUGGGAUUUGGGUUUUGAUUUUUGGCUAUAAAUGAGAGCUGGGUUGAGUACGAUUCAGCAAACUCUUACGCCGGAGGCGGCGAGUGUGCUGAAUCACUCCAUCGUCGAAGCAGGUCGUCGGAAUCAUGGUCAAACGACGCCGCUUCAUGUGGCGGCGACGCUUCUCUCCUCGUCUAAUGGGUUUCUCCGGCAAGCUUGUAUCAAAUCGCACCCGAACUCCUCUCAUCCACUUCAGUGCAGAGCUCUCGAGCUCUGUUUUAGCGUCGCCCUUGAGCGGCUUCCGACGGCUCAAAUCGCUAGUCCUGGCACUGAGCCGCCCAUUUCCAACGCCCUUAUGGCUGCUCUAAAGCGUGCUCAAGCCCACCAACGCCGGGGCUGCCCUGAGCAACAGCAGCAGCCGCUCUUGGCCGUGAAAGUUGAGCUGGAACAGUUGAUUAUUUCGAUUCUUGAUGAUCCUAGUGUUAGCCGUGUUAUGAGGGAGGCUAGCUUUUCUAGCCCGGCUGUUAAGGCCACCAUUGAACAAUCGUUGAAUUCAUCUGCCCCGGCGAGUUCUUCACCGGUUGGGGGAUUGGGAUUUCGACAUUCUCCGGCCAGACCACCGAGGAAUUUGUAUUUGAAUCCCCGGAUGCAGCAGGGGAGCAUUGUUGCCCCAUCGCUGCAGCAGCAUCGAGGGGAGGAAGUCGGGAAGGUAAUCGAUAUACUGCUCCGGUCAAGGAAGAGGAAUCCGGUGCUUGUUGGGGAGUCGGAACCGGAGGCUGUGGUGAAGGAAUUGUUGAGGAGGAUUGAAAAUGGAGAAUUAGGGGAUGGAGCAUUGUGUAAAGCUCAGGUGAUUCAUUUGGAGAAGGAGAUUUGUGGUAAUGAUAGAUUGCAGAUUGGAGCUAGAAUCAAGGAUUUGGUGGAGCGUAGAAUGGAGAAUUUGAAUGGUGGUGGAGGGGUUGUUCUUGAUAUGGGGAAUUUGAAAUGGCUGGUUCAGCAGCAGCCUGCAACUCGGGGUGGCUCGGGGUCGGGAACGGUGCCACAACCGGUUGUUUCAGAAGGCGGGCGGGCUGUGGUGGCGGAGAUAGGGAAGCUACUUGCUAAGCAUGGUAAUGGUGAUGGUGGUCGGCUCUGGUUGAUAGGUACUGCUACUUGUGAGACAUAUUUAAGGUGUCAAGUCUAUCAUCCUUCCAUGGAGAAUGACUGGGACUUGCAGGCUCUGCCCAUUACGGCCCAAGCUCCUCUUCCCGGAUUGUUCCCAAGGCUUGGUACCACUGGUGUUCUUAAUCGCCCGAUUGAAUUGUUAUCCAUGAUCAAAGGAUUUUCAACUAAGGCCACCGUUCCGAUAGGAUCGGUGGCGCUCGAGAACCUGGAUUCAUCUCGAAAAACACGUUGUUGUGCUCGAUGCAUGCAUAAUUACGAACAGGAGCUGGAAAAACUAGUGGCCAAUGAGCUUGACAAGCCAUCUUCAGUACUUAAAUUGGAAGGAGGCAAAGCAUUACCUCUCCCUUUGUGGCUGCAGAACGCGAAGGCCGAAGACGAACAUUCGAAGAAACACGAAGCAACAAUCGAGAGCUUGGAUGAAGAACAAAUACGAAAGCACAAGACUCGAGAACUUGAGAAGAAAUGGCACGAUACGUGCUUGCGCCUUCAUCCUAAUUUCCAUAAUCUAAACAAGUUCAGUCCGAACAUGCUCGGGCAUCAAAUUCCUCAACCCAAGUUACAACUAAAUAAAGCAUUUGGGGAAAAAGUACUUUCAAGUUUGCAACCAGGAAGCCCGGUAAGGACGGAGUUGGCUCUUGGGCGAAUGAACGACAACGACAACUCGACCGAGCAAACACAUAAAGAGCAAGUGAAGGACUUUCUGGGUUGCAUAUCUUCCGAACCCGAGAGCAAAGUAUGCAAAUUGCAAAGUGGUAAAUUUCUUAACGCGUCCGAUAUCGACUCGUACAAGAGGCUCUUUAAAGGUAUACUAGAGAAGGUAUGGUGGCAACAAGAAGCAGCAUCUGCUUUGGCUACAAGUGUGACACAAUUCAAGUUGGGAAAUGGAAAACGUCGCGGUACGAUUCGAAAAGGAGACAUGUGGCUCUUGUUCUUAGGUCCCGACCGUGUUGGAAAGAAGAAGAUGGCAACUGCUCUUGCAGAGCUGGUAUCUGGGUCCAAUCCGGUAACCAUUUGUCUUGGCUCAAAACGUAGCGAUGGAGGUAUUCGUGGUAGAACCAUGUUAGAUAGAAUAUCAGAGGCGGUUAGAAGGAAUCGUUUUUCGGUUAUUGUGUUGGAUGAUUUCGACGAAUCGGACCUACUGGUUCAUGGAAGCAUAAAAAAGGCAAUGGAGAGAGGUCGAUUCACUGAUUCUCACGGUCGUGAAAUCAGUCUUGGUAAUAUCAUCUUCAUCCUUACAUCGAACUGGAUACCGAAUGAUAUGAAACGCUUGUCUGAUGGUAAUCUGCUUGAGGAAGAGAAGUUUGCUAGUUUAGCAAGAAGCACUUGGGAAUUGAAACUAUCCCUUAGCAAGAGGACGAUUAAACGUCGACUCGAACGGGCACAUGGUGAAGAGCAAUGUUCGAAACCGAGAAUCGAAACUGGUUCAACCAUAUCAUUUGAUCUCAACGAAACUGCAGAUACAGAGGAUGAGAAAACAGACGGAUCACUGAAUUCAAGUGAUGUAACAAUCGAACACGAAACCGAACAUGGUCUCAACAUUCGACAAUUAUCAUUCCCAUCUCCAUCAAAAUCACGAGACAUGUUCGAGAGAGUUGACGAUGCAAUUGUCUUCAAACCAGUUGACUUUGCCUCGAUCAAGCACAACAUCACGUGCUCCAUCAACAAGAAGUUUUCAUCGAUUGUUGGAGAAAAGAUCUCCCUUGAACUACACGAGAACGCUCUUGAGAAGAUCACGAGUGGGGUAUGGCUCGGUAACAUGAAUGUCGACGAAUGGACUGAGAAAGUCCUUGUACCGAGCUUGAAAGAGCUCAAGACUAGUCUUCCGAGAUUCGAUGCCUUCGAUUCCAUGGCGGUUAGGCUCGACGCUGAUGACAGUUCAGGUUGUCGGGGCUUAGAAGAUCAGCUUCCUUGCAGCAUCAAGGUGGUUGUGGGGGAAAACUGUGAGAUAGCAGAGGUUAAUAGCGGUUGUCAUUUUGUAACUUCUGUUGGAUAGAGAUGUAAAUAUGCUUGAAUGAAAGGGUAAAACCGUAAAGAAAAAAAUCCACAAAAAAAAAAAAAAAAA